AUGCGUCAAACCAUAUCUCGAUUGAAGACUGAGUUGUGCGCCCUCUUUGGAAUAUCUCAUACAGAGGCUCGUGGAAUGCGCCUUUUCUACAUUGACGCUGGCAUGGUUGAAGCUACCGGACCUGAAGAGCUACGAUUUGGUGCUCGACAACUCUACACCUACCACCCGAAUGACGGAGACAGUCUUGUGAUUGCACGGCGAGGUGCUUGA